AUGGGAUUAUUAGAGAAAAUCAAAGAAAUAGAGGCCGAAAUGGCCCGGACUCAAAAAAAUAAGGCAACAGAGUAUCACUUGGGUCAAUUAAAAGCAAAACUUGCCAAAUAUAGGUCACAAUUACUUGAGGCCCCUAAAGCCGGGAAAAAAGGGGAAGGUUUUGAUGUUCAAAGACAAGGUGAUGCCAGAAUAUGUUUAAUUGGAUUUCCAUCAGUUGGAAAAUCAACACUAUUAUCAAAAAUAACAAGUACAACAUCAGAAGUGGCCGAUUAUGAAUUUACAACCUUAACAUGUAAACCAGGUAUAAUAAGUUAUAAGGAUUCAAAAAUUCAACUACUCGAUCUUCCUGGAAUUAUUCAAGGAGCUUCAGAAGGACGUGGACGUGGAAGACAGGUCAUUGCUGUAGCUAAAUCGUGCGACAUGAUCAUGAUGAUUUUGGAUGCUACUAGAGAUGAUAGCCAAAAAAUAAAACUAGAAAAUGAACUUAAAUCUGUAGGAAUAAGGAUAAAUCAAGAACCACAGAGGAUAACAUUAACAAGAAAAAAGAUGGGAGGUGUUGUCAUAAAUAGUACUGUACCACUGACAAAGUUGGAUAAUAAACUUAUAAUGAGUAUACUCCAUCAAUAUAAAAUACACAAUUGUAAUUUACUAUUUAAUGAAGACGCUUCUGUUGAUGAUCUUAUUGACGUUAUAGAAGGGAAUAGAAAAUAUAUUAAAUGUAUAUAUGUAUAUAACAAAAUUGAUAUGUUACCCAUAGAAGAUAUUAAUAAAAUUGCAUUGUGUGAUAAUACUGUUGUUAUUAGUAGCAGUAAAUCUUGGAAUUUAGAUGUGUUAAAGGAAUACAUAUUCCAGAAGCUAGAAAUUAUUAGAGUUUAUACAAAAGUUCGUAAAGAAAAACCAGAUUUUACAAAUCCUAUUACAUUAACAAGACAAAGAGGUACACAAACAGUUGAAGCUGUUCUUAACCAAAUACACAAGGAUAUGAUUAAAGAUUUUAAGUUUGCUUUGGUAUGGGGAAGAAGUACCAAACACAAUCCACAAAGAGUAGAUUUACAUCACAAACUAGCUGAUGAGGACGUUAUACAAAUAGCAAAAAAUAGCUAA